GUGAAUGACUACAUUAUAGAGAGCAGUAACAGCAGCAGCAGUGCUCUGCUUCUCCAGCUCUGCCUGGCAGGCGAUCCUCAAGUUCAAAUGAACAUCUACAAUUAGAGAACUUUUUCAUCUUCCGCUGCAGAUGAAUACAGCCUAACUGCACCAGGAAAAUGGGCACCGGGGAUUAUAUCUGCAUUUCCAUGAGUGGAGGGGCACCUUGGGGCUUUAGACUGCAAGGUGGCAAGGAUCAAAAGCAGCCUUUGCAAAUCGCUAAGGUUCGCAGCAAGAGCAAAGCAUCCAAAGCUGGGCUGUGUGAGGGGGAUGAGGUGGUGUCUAUCAAUGGCAAGCCUUGUGCAGACUUAACCUAUUCUGAAGUAAUCACUCUUAUGGAAGGUCUGACUGAUGCCCUCCAGCUGCUUAUCAAGAGAUCAUCCAAUGGACUAAACGAAAGCUUGAGUCCAGAAACAGAAAACAAAAAGCAUGAUAAAAUAAAGAAUGAGGACUAUAGGGAGAGUACCACACUGCAAAUCAGAACAGCCACGCAAAUGCCCCAGAAAGAAUUCUACAUCACAGAAAUACACAGUGACACAUCCCAUGGAGCAGAGGAGAGUGACUUUUCUGUGACAAAACAAGAAAAGGAGACAAUGCAGUGCCACAAAAUUACUCCUAAAGUGAUAGAAACUUCUAGAGUACUCUUGACAGAUGAAGCUGCUUUCAAAGAGAAUACAAAAGAAAGAAGGCCAGGCACUGUGGUUGAGCUGCAGUUGUCCCUCUCACAUGACAGACACAAGGACACCAGUGCUUCUGAAAUUAGUCUCCUAGGAGCUGAAAAAUGUACCCCUUCAGAAACCAGACCCAGCGUGCAAGAAGAUGGGACUAGCCCGGUAACAGCAGUCCCCCUGUGUGAAAAAGAGGCCACUGUCCAGUGGUCAAGCAAAACAUUCCAGAUUGCUAGUGGCAAAGAGGUCAAGGUGAUCCAAGGAUCAGAGGCAGGCGAUCCAUCUCUCCCCAGGGUGGAAGUGAUCCUAGACUGCUCUAACAGGGAGAAGGAAGUAUCCAGGUCUCUAGCUGAAAAGGGGUGUGUUGCUUCUCAAGUGGAAGGAGGGCAGUCAGAAGCACCUCCUUCUGUAGUCUCCUUUGGAAUCUCAUCAGAAGGCACCGAGCAGGGAGAAGACGACCAGCACUCAGAAAGAGAUCACAGCAGACCUCACAAGCACAGGGCAAGGCACGCAAGACUUAGGCGGAGUCAAAGCCUGUCAGAGAAGCAGGUGAAAGAAGCCAAAUCUAAAUGUAAGAGCAUUGCCCUGCUGCUGACGGCAGCUCCCAAUCCCAAUUCCAAGGGAGUGUUGAUGUUCAAGAAGCGUCGCCAAAGAGCCAGGAAAUACACUUUAGUCAGCUACGGCACUGGGGAACUAGAACGUGACGAAGAGGAGGGUGAAGAAGAGGAAGGUGAAGGUGACAAAGAAAACACUUUUGAGAUAACUUUACUUGGAACAAGUGAGUCAGAAAUAGAUGAAGAUUUCUUCUCUGACAUUGACAAAGAAGGCCAGAUUGUGACAUUUGAUUGGGAUACUGGUCUGCUUGAGGUUGAAAAGAAACUAAAAGGUGGAGACGAGAUGCAGAUGCUGCCAGAGAGCAAGGGCAAGGGGGCACUCAUGUUCGCCAAGCGACGGCAGAGAAUGGAUGAGAUCACAGCUGAGCAAGAAGAGAUGAAGCUGCAUGGAAUGCAUGCAGAGGUACAAAGGGGAACCGCCCUAAAAGAAAGCUUCAAACAGGUGAGCUCCUCAUCCUAUCCAGUAAAGGAGGAAGCAACAUCAAAAAAGCAGAGCUGCGUGAGCAAAAGCUACAUAGAGGUGAGCCAUAGUCAUGGCAAUAUGGUCCAACAAAAUGGCAUUGGAGGAGCAUCAGAAUCUUAUGAUGCCCAAAAACUAACAUCUUUAAACAGAACAGCUAAACCUUUCCCUGGGAUUCAGAAUCGAGCAGCAGCACCUUUUUCACCAACAAGAAAUGUGACUAGCCCUCUCUCAGAUUUACCAGCACCCCCUUCCUAUUCCACAGUUAGCCCACUGCCUCAAGCUUUAUAUGCAGCAGUAGCAAGUCCAGUGGCCAGCAGACCUCAGACAGCUAUUUGGUCACCAACAGAGUCAACAGAGCAGAUAGCAUCCAGAGAUGAAAGGAUUGCAGUGCCGGCCAUAAGAACUGGGAUAUUACAAGAGGCAAAGAAAAGAAGCACUGCAAAGCCUAUGUUUACUUUCAAAGAACCUCCAAAAGUGAGUCCUAACCCUGCCCUAUUGUCACUUGUACAGAAUAAAGAAGGCAAACGAAGUACUGGAGCUGGCUUUGAAUCGGGACCUGAAGAAGACUACCUUAGUUUGGGAGCAGAAGCUUGUAAUUUCAUGCAGAUUCAAGCAUCAAAACAAAAGACCCCUCCUCCCGUUGCUCCAAAGCCCUCAGUCAAAGUCUCUCCUACUGCUGUAACUCCCAUUUCACCAGUCUGGUCACCUCCAGCUGUGGCUUCUACCCAGCCACCUGCCUUCCCGACUCCAAACUCACCCCAAACAGCAGUUUCUGCACCAAUCAAACUAACACAGCCUGCUCAUCCUCCUCCUCGGCCUCCAAGUACUCUUAAGAUAGCUGGUCCUUUUAAAGGACCUCAAGCAGCAGUAUCAAAACAAAAUUAUACACCCAAAACACCUACUACACCAAUUGGAAAUAUUGCACUUGCUGGAGGAAUGGGGCCUGCCUUUGAGAUGCCACCAGCUUUUAGUGGAAAAGGAGCACAGUUAUUUGCCAAAAGGCAAUCUCGGAUGGAGAAGUAUGUGGUAGACUCAGAAACUGUGCAGGCCCACAUGGCUCGGGCCUCAUCUCCAACUCCAUCUUUACCUGCUUGUUGGAAGUAUUCAUCUAAUGUUCGAGCACCUCCACCCGUUGCUUACAAUCCCAUCCAGUCCCCCUCUUACCCUCUUGCUGCUACCAAAUCCCAAUCUAAGUCACCUGCAGUUACCAAAAAUACCAAAAGAAAACCUAAGAAAGCUCUCAGUGCGUUGGAUGUCAUGAAGCAUCAGCCAUAUCAGCUUAAUGCAUCUUUAUUUACUUUUCAACCUCCUUCUGCUACUAAGGAAGGCCUACCAACUAAGCAGUCCACAAAGUUCGACUCUGUGUCUGCCUCAAAACAUGUUCUGCAUUCAAGACCACUCAGUGCUGGUCCUUCUGCUAAUGUCCAAGCAUCUUCAGUGUACUCCGUACCAGCCUACAGUUCACAACCGUUGUUCCAGUCAAACGCUCCUACCCCUGUAAAUGAAUCCUACGAGCCUAGUGGUUACCCUUCAUUUUCUAAGCAAGAAUCAAUCACAUCCUCUAUGUUUACUGCUCCAAGGCCCAAGUUCUCAGCUAAGAAAGUUGGUGUCACAGCUCAGGAAAGAGACAGUGGCUGCUCGUCAUCACUUCCUGGACAGUCAUCUUCACUCAUCUCUCAAGCCAUGUCCCCUGCUUCACCUGUGAUGUUCCAACCUGGCCCUGGUUACUUCAGCCAGUCAGCAGCAGCAGCUGACAAACCUGGCAAGAGACUGACUCCCUGGGAAGCAGCAGCCAAGUCUCCUCUUGGCCUAGUAGAUGAUGCAUUUGGUCCCCAAAACAUUCAGGAAUCCAUUGCUGCUAAUGUAGUAUCAGCUGCCCGCAGAAAAACACUGCCUGAGCCACCAGAUGAUUGGAAACAAAGGGUUUCCUGCAUGCCACCAGCCCCAGGUAUUCAUACUAACCUGGCAUCAUUUGGAAGGAGGCAGUCUGGUAUUAUGUCCCCACCAAAAAGCACCAUGUCUGCCCCCAAUUCUACUUUCCAGUGUGGCUCUCGGCUUCAAUAUGCAUAUUAUGGUCAGCGAUCCCGAACAGAUCCUGACAUGAUGUCCAUGGAUUCUAGGUCUGACUACUGCCUGUCAAUGGCCAACUCAAACUACAAUCCACAUCCAAGAGGAUGGAGGCGUCAAACAUGAAAGGUAGAAGAAGCUGCCAUAUUUUCCCUCCUGCUUUCAGUUGGAGGAGUAAAGUGACCUGUCUGAGUAUCUUCUUGUUGUCUGACAGUUUCUGAACUGAAGGAAUGAGGAAGUUGUGUAGAAUGAUGCAGUCUUCAGGAUAUUUCAGGGCUUUCUGUCCUAGAUUAGAUUCAAUUUUAUCCCCAAACUGCAGUUUUGUUUUUAUUAAAAAAAGAUCAAGUUUGCAUCUCAGCAUAGGUGGGAUAAUUAAUGUACAGAAAGCUUUAACUAUACAGAGUACAAAAACAUUAACAGAGGAGUGAAUGAAAUAUACAAAGAAUGAAAUAAGGCUUUUUACAUGAUAUUUUCUGGUGGGCUCUCUAGGAUUUCUGGUAUUUUUGAUAGCUGAAUUUUAGGGCACUGGACAUACACUUUAGAGAGGAUUAUUUUUCCAAUGAACUCCAAAGUUCCAAAAGAUUUAAUCAGAAUACAGAUCAUAUAAUUUUUCUAUAGUUUUUAAAAAAGGGAUUCUAGCAAAUUAAAUCUUAUAGUUUUACUAUGAUAAACACACGGUGCUUCCAUAGACAUUUUAUCUGAAGCUCUGGUACACAUAUGUUAAUAUCAUGUAAUCAUGAAGUUCAGAGGUAUUUCAAGAAAGUUUGGGGUAUAAUGCUUCAUUGUAAGCCUUGGUUGUUGUAAUUACCCACACUAGCUUGAAAACAGCAGGAAAGAGAGUUAAUUAUUAUGAACCAUUGUUACAAUGCUUGGAGAAAUAUUUAAUAUAGCUAGGUUACAUUGAAAUUGGGUUACGAGGGAAUAUUGUAAUAAACGUCAGCCUUGUGAAGGUGAUGAACGAUAACUACAUUUAUUUGGUUGUGAAAUGUUUAGCUUGGUAAACAUUUAGUGCAGCAGAUUCUAAUACUAGUAAUUGAAUACCUGAAAGGCUUUUGAUGUGUAGUUUCAUUUUGGAAGACCAAAAUAGUUUAUAUAUCAAGGACAAAUCAUGUUACACGCAGGAGGUAUGUGGAAUAUGGUUUAUGAUAGGUGUUAACUGGUCUGAGUCUAGUUAAGACAACACAUAUUUGGAGAAUUCAAGAAGGAGUGGGCAAUAAUUUUUGAGGGGGGGCCACUCCGAGAAUUUGGUAAGUGGUCAAAGUCACACUCUUCCAUGAUAUAAAUGGAGGAGGUGUGGGGUCUGGGAUGGAGGUUGGGUGCAGAAGGGAGCUUGUGGUAAGGGACUGGAAUUCAGGAGGGGGCUUUGGGAUCUGGAAGGGAGUUUCAGUGAAAGAGGGGAUUGUGACCUGGGGUAGGGAACUAGGGUGAAGGAGAGGGUGCAGGGUCUGGAAGGGGGGUAUGGGUGCAGGAGAAGGGGUGCAGAAGGUUUCAGUUAAAUGGGGUAAGGGUGCAGGAGGGGGGAAAGAGAGGCUGGGGUACCAGAGGUAGGCUCUGGCUGGGAAGCACCACAGCUGAGUCUUCAACAAGGGUCCCUAUCUUCCAUGCCCCUGCACUGGUUGCAGGGUCUGUGUGUGGCUGAGUCUGAACACUGCAAGCUCGGAGA